ACAGCCGUCAUCAGGUGAAAUGUUCUCCUGUUUAGAAUCGUAGAUAAAAUGGAUGAAUACCCGCACCCACUGUUUUUUGAAGCCAGUGAUUUCACAGACAAAGAGAAGGAGAAAGUGAGGAGAUACUUUCAGAAAAGACGAGACUCCGGCGGCGGCGACUGCGGAAAUCUUGAAAAAGUUGGAGGACGCGUCUAUAAAAUAUGUUUCAAGGAAAAAGAAGAUCAAGAAAGAGUUUUGCAGAGGAAGUUUCACACUAUCACUCUUCCUAGUGGAGAACUGCGUCUGACUGUGAGCCGGACUAGUUCACCGCAGACCUCUGACCAGCCAUCGGCAUCCCGAUCACCGAGCAUUAAAAACCCAAACACAAAAGGACUUGAGAAGUUUUUCAGGAUAGAUGUUUUCCUGCUGUAUUACCUGAGAGACAACUGCAAAGCAAACAAAUUUUUGGAAAAGCAGCUGUCUGCAGUCGGCUGCACAGUGGAGUUAAAUUUUGAUGAAGAAGAAGCUUUAGUUAGAGGGGAAGUUGACAAGGGGCCAGGAGGAGGUUUUAGUGGUGCUGCAGAGAAAUGGGAGCAGCAGGUGGAUCAGGUCUUCAUCCGGCUCACUGAGAGCUAUGUCUGCUAUCAUGUGCUCGAGCCAAAACAGAUCAAAAUGGUACUGCAGGACCCCUCCUUUAAGACAGAUGAUAUCAAAGUUUACACAGAGAGUGGCUAUGCUGUGGUUGUGGGAGAGGCUGUUGCCAUGAAGGAGAAGAUUGCAGUUCUUGAAAAGAGUCUACCCACCACAAAGGAAUUACCAAUUGCAGAGAAGCAGUUCAAACUAGUAGAAGAAGAGUUCAAUCGAGAAAUGGGUGCUUAUCAUCCAGAGGUUAAAAUCAACAGAGGUAGUGCCAUAAUCACUUUGGAAGGCCCUGAGAAAGAGGUCCAGUCAGGAGCUGCAAAACUUGAUGAAUUGAUUAAGAACAUAAAGGAGAAGAGAGUACAGUUCCCCACAUAUUUGCUAACAUUCAUCACAACCAGCGGUGCCAUCUCCAAAUACCAAACUCGCUUCCAGCAGAGCCUCAGAAACCCUGUUUACCUUGAGGUGGGUUCAGAUCUGGUUCUGUCCAGUUUGUCCUCUGAUGCUCUGAAUGAGGCUGAGGCAGCAGUGAUGAGAGACUUUAAAGUGGUCACUGUACAGCUGCAGGGUGUUGUAGAUCUUGGCAGGGUGAAAGAAAUCCUGAUGAAAGCCAAGAACGAGGAAAACAGGAGAGAGUUCAGAGUGGAUAUCAGCUUCAUCCCUGGAGCCAGAGGAACUGCUGGGACCAAAGUACAACUGGUGGGCUACAGUGAAAAUGUCAUCAAGCUCAAUGAGGUUCUUCAUGACUUCCAGAUGAAUCAAGUGGAAACUCAAGAAACCAUCAAUCUGCCCAAUCCUGAAAUGGUCGAUUGUUUUGAUAAAAUCUUAGAUCUGAUCGGCAUGAAACAGACCAAGGUGACCUUAAAAGCGUCACAUUUCCCAAAUCCUUGUGUGUUUGUGUCUGGUCCUCGAUGUCAUGUUCAGGAUGCCAAGGAGGCCCUAACAUCAACUCUUACUAGUAUGACAGUAGACACUUUGACUCUAGAUGGACCAGGGGCUCAGCAAUACUUCCAGGCAGAUGGUAAAGUGAGUAAAGAGCUGGUAGAGAGCUCCUGUCGCGUCAUUAUCCAAGAAAAGCAAGCUGUGAUGUCCUCAAAUGUGUAUAAUAUACCACGAAGCACCAGCAGGCUCAGCGACACACCUAGUUCUCUGAUCUACAGUAGCAUGUACAGCACUGUUGGAAGCUCUGCGGUCAACAAAACGAACCUGAAGAUCAAGCUCAGCAGUUUGGAAAAUGAACAGGUGGAUGUUUUGGUGGUCCCCAUGCUCAACAAGCAGCUGAAUUCUACAAAUAUUGGCACGUGUCUGUUGAGUAAAGCUGACAACACAUUAAAGUCAAAGUUUGAUUCAGUCAUAGCGAAUUGUGCCCUCGCCCCUGGUGAUGUUCAGCUGGUUGAUGCACCUCCAUCUCUGGGCUGCUCCAAGAUUUCCUUCAUUGAGUGCUUGCCUUGGGAUGGAGUGAGAGGACAGAGUGUGCAGGCUCUUGGCAGUGGGCUGAAGAAGUGUUUGGAGCUCUGCGUGCAGCGGAGCUUGACUUCAGUUGCCUUUCCAAUUAUUGGACCAGGAAUUGUUUUAAAAUACCCGCUGAGAGAAGCCAUUCAAGUGCUGACUGAUGUCAUUCACCAGUUUGGAUCAUCUGCAUCCACUGGGUCUCUUACAAACAUCCACAUCGUCAUUAAACCUGGCUAUCCUGAUUCUGAGGCGUGCUACCAUGAUGUCUACAAACAGCUCAGCCUAAAUAUGAACCAGGGAGGCCAAGCAAUCUUCAGGUCUCUCACCAGUGACCUAGAUGACAUCAUCAUGGCACUGGGAAGCAGGGUAAAGCUCCAUGUGGUGUUCGGUGACAUCACUAAUGAGACUACAGAUGUUGUCGUGAACACAACUGACUUCCAAACUUUUGAUGUUGAUGGCGUAUGCAAAGACAUCUUAACCGUAGCCGGACCAGAGAUGAAAGCUAAACUGAAAGCAGCAAAAGUGAACCGAGGAGAAAUUUAUGUGACCCAGUCUGGAAACUUCCCCUGUAAAGCCAUUUUCCAUGUGUGUGGACAAAAGGAUGAAAGUCUCAUUGAACAGCUUGUGUGUGAUAUCAUUUCCUAUUGUGAACACUAUAAAUACACCUCUGUAGCAAUUCCUGCCAUCUGUGCUGGAGCUGGAGGGUUAGACCCUGCCGUUGUGGCAGGUGCCAUUCUUCGAGGGAUUAAAGCUUGCAGAUCAUCCAUAAAUACCCUCACUGACAUCCGCCUCAUCCUGAUGAAGAUUAAUGUCUUCUUGGCUUUUAAAGAGGAAGCAAUGCAGAAGUUUUCCGCCGCUGUAAUCAACAGAGUACUCCCAGUACUUCCAGUUCAAGUACAGCAACACCAGCCUCCUCCUUCUAUGAGUACAUGCCUCAGCAGUCUCCAUAUCAGCUUUACAAGUCAGCAAUCUGUCUUCACGUUCCUGGGUCUUUGCAAAAAAGAGGUUGAUGAUGCCAUGGAAAAGCUGAAACAUCAAUAUCAGACACAGUGCUCCAGUAACACCUUCUCAAAGGAGGAAGUGGAACAUCUCACCCAUGAUGACAUGAUGGAUCUGAAGGAGCUGGUGGAGACUGAGGGUCUGUUCAUGAAAACAGAUCAGUCUGGAUCACUAACAGUGAGCGGGCUAAAAGAUGGGGUCACCCGGGUGAUACAAAAAAUGAGUCAGUGUCAGUUUGGGACCCUCAAAAGAGAGGUGAGAGUCAGGGAGGAGGAUGAUUUGUACAACAGAGUGGUUUGGUGCAUCCUGGCUCAUAAUGGUAACUGGGAAAGGCUUCCCAAAACAGCCAAUCACAAACUGGAAAAAAAAGAAUUAACAGAAGGAAUAACAGAUGGACAGGGAAUCACAUGGGAGGUUAAUCUACAGAUGAUGGAGGCCACACAACAGCUGAGCAGACAGACAACGAAGCUGAAACGACUUGAGAAUCUGCCAGACUUUAAUUUCCCUCUGUACUGGGACAACAUGGCUGCUACUGACACUAUGAAGAUGGUUAGACUGGAGCCUUCCUCUGCAGAGUACCGGACAGUGAAGGAGGCCUUCAAACGAACUGUCACCAAGACUGUGAUGAAGAUUGAGCGUUUGCAGAGUAUUCACCUGCGGCGCACCUACGAGGCACAGAAGAAGCACAUUUCUGAUAAGAAUGCACGGGAGGGCGGAGCAGGGGAAAAACUUCUGUACCAUGGGACAACCCAGGAAAAUUGCAAUUCCAUCGUGAACACUGGAUUCAACAGGAGCUUUGCUGGGCAAAAUGCAACUGUACAUGGUAUUGGGACAUAUUUUGCUGUAAAUGCCAGCUACUCAGCCAACCCCACCUACUCCAAGCCAGCUGCUGACGGUUCUCAGUUAAUGUUCGUCGCCCGAGUCCUCACAGGCAUCUACGCUCAGGGCCAAAGCAACAUGAGGGUGCCUCCACCUCGGAACAGCCAGCAGCCUCAUGACCGCUAUGACAGCGUUGUGGACAAAACGGACAACCCCACCAUGUACGUUGUGUUUCACGACAACCAAGCUUAUCCCGACUACCUCAUCACAUUCCAAUGAGCGUGAGGAGAAAGUGAUGAAUUUCCACUGUGGAAAAAAUUGGAUUCUGGAAAAUCCAGAAAGAAUAAGAUUAAAGUUAUAUUAAUAACUACAGUAACUGGCAAUAUGUGGAGAAAAACUGUUAAAAAUAAUAAAUUCAGAAGAUAUUUAUGUAAAGGGUCUGAGAGCUAUAUCACAAUUUACAUUAAAGAUUAUAAUUAAUUUUAAUUUUGCACACAAAACAAAACUUUUCUUGUUGGUAUCUAUAAGAUAGUUAAUCUCAGGAGGAGAUGUGAAACUGAUGCAGUUUUUUUUCAAGCUACAUUAAUCACAAUCACGUUUAAUGUGAUAAUGAAUUCAUUUUUUUUUUCAGUGUAGAAUUAUGUUUGAUGAAAGCUAUAAAAUUAUGUUGAACCAUUAAUAAAGUUAUGAGAUUACUCAUCUAUCACUGAAUUUAACAAUAACUGCUUCUAAUGAAAUAUGAAGCAUUUUGACAUGCAUGCAUGGAGAGAGACACUGGAAACAUGACACACGAUGAUGCAGUUUUUAAAUCUUUUAUUUGAUUGAUAUUUGCAUCUUACAACAUAUUUUUUCCAAGUGUAAAGCACUUUGAAAUGCCGGUGAUUUGUUUGAGAACAUACCAAAUGGCCUUAAUAAAGAUUAAUU